AGGAACCUGCGGGACCCCUCAGGAGCCUCCGGGAGCCCCUCAGAAGCCUCCGGGAGCCCUCAAGACCGUCCGGGACCCCUCAGGAGCCUCCGGGCCGUCCCCGGGAGCCGCUCGGGGCCCGGAGCCGCCCCGGUGCCGCCGCCGCCAUGUCGGACUCAGGGCAGAGCCCCGCCCCCGGCGCGCGGCGCCGCUGCUGGAACCGAGAGAAGGAACCGGAGGGAGGCGGAGAGAGGAGGGAGCUGGGGGAGGAGCCAGCGGGGCCCUUGCAAAAGACGCCAAUCAUCCUGGCCAAGCCCCCGGCAGAACGGCAGCAGCCGCCUCCGGCCGCCCCCAAGGCGGGGCCAGCACAAGCCCCGCCCCCUCCCGCGCCGGCCCCGCCCAUCGUGCUGAUGAAAGCGUGGGGGGAGGAGGGGCGGGGAGGGGGCGGAGCUUCGGCAGGAACAGGGGAAGGGCCACAGCAGGCCCCGCCCACCGAGAGGGAGGGGCCACGCCCCACCCAGCCUGUCUAUCAACUGCACAGCCGGGGCUUGGCCCCGCCCGCCGCGCUGGACCCUGCCCAGGCGCAGGCCCGGCUGGCGGCGCCCGAGAAGAUGAAAACCAGCAUCAAACUGGUGGACGAGCAGAUGAACUGGUGCGACAGCGCCCUCGAGUUCCUGCUGGAGCAGACGGACGUGCUGGUGGUGGGAGCGCUGGGGCUGCAGGGCACCGGGAAAUCCACGGUGAUGUCGCUGCUGGCCGGCAACCAGCCCGAGGAGGACCCGCGCUCGUUCGUGUUCCGGCCGCAGCCGCCCGAGCUGCGCGAGAGGGGCGGGGCCCAGACCGGGGGCAUCGACCUGUUCAUCACCCAGGAGCGCGUGCUGUUCCUGGACACACAGCCCAUCCUAAGCCCCGCCCACCUGGAUCACCUGAUCAACAACGACCGGAAACUUCCGCCCGAGUUCGCUCUGCCCCACGCCUACGUGGAGACCCAGUCGCUGCAGAUCGCCGCCUUCCUGUUCACCGUGUGCCACGUGGUGCUGCUGGUGCAGGAUUGGUUCACCGACCUGGGGCUCUACAGGUUCCUGCAGACGGCCGAGAUGGUGAAGCCGCCGACGCCGUCGCGGAGCCACGACUCGAGCGGGGCCGGGCCCGAGGAGCCCUCGGAGUAUUACCCGCACCUGGUGUUCGUGCAAACCCGCGCUCCCCCCGAGUGUUUCUCGCCGCGCCGCCUGGGGCAGAUGCAGCGCGUGCUCGGCCGCCUGAUGGCGCACUCGCGCCUCAAGUACCGCGGCUCCCUGUCCAUGCGGGAGCUGCCCCCCGGCGCCCCCCCCGAGCCCGAGGUCAAUCUGUUCCUGCUGCCGCCCCUGGAGGAGGAGCCCGAGGACGCCCUGCCCCGAGGUGGGGGAGGGGCGCUGUUCCCCGCCCUGCCCCCGUUCCGGGGCCGGGGGGGGCUCGGGGGGCUCCUGGCCCGGCUCAGGGGGAGGGUCCUGGCGGCGGCGCGGUCCCAGUUAUCCCACAGCCUGCUCACCGAGCGCAACUGGUUCCAUUACGCCGCUCGAAUCUGGGACGGAGUGAAGAAAUCCUCGGCCCUGGCCGAGUACGGCCGCUUACUGGGCUGAACUGGGAGCACUGGGAGGCUCCCCCCGCGCCAAUAAACCGCCUAAACCGC